AUGUCAUUCCCAGCUCACGACCCUUCCAAACCCAUCAGUAUCCCCAAAACAGAAGAGAAUGUAUUGAAAUACUGGACAGAUAUCGAUGCUUUCAAGACUUCUCAGAAAUUGUCUGAAGGAAAACCAGAAUACAGUUUCUAUGACGGUCCCCCUUUCGCUACUGGUAAACCCCAUUAUGGACAUUUACUCGCUGGUACCAUAAAGGAUAUUGUCACUCGACAUGCUCAUUCUACAGGACAUCAUGUCGAAAGACGAUUCGGAUGGGAUACGCACGGUCUUCCAGUAGAACAUGAAAUUGACAAAACCCUCAACAUCAAAGGAAAAGAAGAUGUCAUGGCGAUGGGUAUCGACAAGUACAAUGCAGCAUGUAGAGAGAUUGUCAUGAGAUAUUCAGGGGAAUGGAAAUCGACAGUAGAGAGGAUGGGUAGAUGGAUUGACUUUGAUACCGGAUACAAAACGCUUGAUCCAACUUUUAUGGAAAGUGUCUGGUGGGUAUUCGGACAGUUAUGGCAGAAAGGUCAAGUAUACAGAGGAUUAAGAGUCAUGCCUUACUCGACGGGAUGUACUACCCCUCUAAGUAAUUUCGAGGCUGGAGAAGAUUAUAGGAUGACUUCUGAUCCUGCUGUUACCGUCACCUUUCCUCUCGUUGAUGACCCCUCCACAUCUCUUCUCGCAUGGACCACCACACCUUACACUCUUCCUUCCAAUCUUGGGCUCUGUGUUCACCCCGAUUUCACAUACAUCAAAAUCUACGAUUACGAGCGUGAUCAGAAUUUUAUCCUUCUCGAAUCACUUCUCGGUACAGUGUACAAGGAAUUAGCUGGAGGAAAGAAGGAUGCUAAGAAAGAUAAAGAUGCGAAACCCAAGUUCAAGAAGGUCGGUCAGUUCGUAGGAAAAGAUAUGGUUGGAUGGAGAUACAUCCCAAUGUUCGAUCAUUUUACGGAACAAUACGAGGACCGAGCAUUCAGAGUUCUUUCCGACACCUAUGUUACCGACACUUCAGGUACUGGUAUCGUACACCAAGCUCCUGCUUUCGGAGAAGACGAUCACAGAAUCGCUGUGGCGCAUAACGUUGUCCGAGAUGAUGAAAUUCCUCCUUGUCCCAUCGAUGAAUCUGGUAAAUUCACAGCCGAGGUCCCAGAGUACCAGGGCAAGCACGUCAAAGAAGCCGACCCAAUCAUCAUCAAAGAGCUCCAGAAGAAAGGACGACUCAUUGUCCGAUCCGAUAUCAUGCACUCUUACCCCUUCUGUUGGAGAUCCGGUACACCACUCAUCUACCGGGCUAUUCCAUCUUGGUUCGUACGAGUAGCUAACAUCUCAGACAAGCUCGUUUCAAACAACGAGAAGACCCGAUGGGUACCUGCCAACGUCGGUGAAGGUAGAUUCGGAGGAUGGAUCAGGAAUGCACGAGAUUGGAACAUCUCGAGAAAUAGAUAUUGGGGUACACCUAUCCCCCUCUGGGUCAGCGAGGACUACGAAGAAAUCGUCGCUGUCAGUUCCAUCGCUGAGCUCGAAAAGCUUUCCGGCGUGACUGGCAUCAAAGACCUGCACAGAGAAAGUAUCGAUAAUAUCGAAAUCCCCUCGCAACAAGGUAAAGGUAAAUUGAGAAGAAUCGAGGAAGUGUUCGACUGUUGGUUCGAAUCUGGAUCGAUGCCUUACGCCCAAUCUCACUAUCCGUUCGAAAAUCAAGAUCGGUUCCAGAAAUCUUACCCUGCCGAUUUCGUCUCUGAAGGUAUCGACCAAACUCGAGGUUGGUUCUACACCUUGUUGGUACUUGGUACUCACCUUUACGAUACCGCUCCAUGGAAGAAUUUAAUCGUCACUGGUCUUGUGUUGGCUGCUGACGGAAAGAAAAUGUCCAAGAAGCUCAAGAACUACCCUGAUCCUAUGGAAGUAGUCAACAAAUACGGUGCCGAUUGUGUUAGAUUGUUCUUGGUCAACUCGCCCGUAGUGAGAGCCGAUAACCUGAGAUUCAGAGAAGAAGGUGUACGAGAGAUCUUGGCCAACGUCAUUCUCAAAUGGAUCAACUCCCUCAAUUUCUAUCUCGGACAAGCUGAACUCUUCGAACGAACUACUGGAGAGAAGUUUGUCUAUGAUCAUGAUGCACCCAAAUCAUCUAAUGUUAUGGAUCGAUGGAUUUUGGCUACUUGUCAGACUCUGAUCCAGCAUGUCGAUACUGAGAUGGGAGCUUACCGACUUUACACCGUCAUCCCACGAUUGCUUGACUUCAUUGCCGAUUUGACCAACUGGUACAUCCGAUUCAACCGAACAAGAUUGAAGGGUAUCGGUGGUGUUGAAGAUACCCGAGCGGCAUUGAACACUUUGUAUGAGGCCUUGUACACCUUAUGUUUGACUAUGUCCUCAUUCACCCCAUUCACCAGUGAAACAGUCUACCAAGCCCUUCGACCCACUUCUCCCGCGCCUAAAGAUACCAGCCAAGACGUCCGAUCCAUUCAUUUCCUUCCCUUCCCAUCUGUCCGACAAGAAUACUUCGACCUGGUCAUUGAAAGACAAGUGAAACGAAUGCGAGCAGUCAUCGAUCUCGGUCGAUUGAUUCGAGAUCGAAAGACAUUGAAGGUCAAGAUCCCAUUGAAGGAGCUUGUCAUCUUCCACCACGAUCAAGAAUACCUGGAUGAUGUCAAAUCGCUCGAAUCGUAUAUCGCAGCAGAACUCAACGUAGUCAACAUCGUCUACACAACAGACGAGUCGAAGACGGGCAUCAAAUACCGAGCUACGGCAGACUGGCCUACGUUAGGUAAGAAAUUGAGAAAGGAUCUAGGAAAGGUCAGAUCACAUUUACCCAAGAUGACAACUGAGGAAUGUAAACAAUAUGUCAACGAGGGUAAAGUAUCGGUGAAUGGGGUAGAACUUGUUGAAGGUGAUCUGAUUGUCACUCGAUUCGCCGAGGUCAAUUCGGAAGACAACAAAUUCGAUACUGCAUCGGAUAACGAUGUGAUUAUCGUAUUGGAUAUUCAGCGACAUCCCGAAUUGGAGACCUUGGCUUUACUUCGAUCUCUUACAUCAAGAGUGAACAAGUUAAGAAAAGAAGCUGGAUUGAAACCUUCCGACAAAGUCGAAAUUUACUAUACAGUUGAUGAGAACGAACAGGAUUAUCUGAAACCCGCUAUUGCCCAACAGGAAGAAUACCUCUUAAAGACUUUAGGUAAUGUCCCCGUGGAGCUGUCUCAGAAAUCAAAUGAUAAAGAAAUCAUAGAGACGGAGAAGAGAUCGAAAGAUUCAGAAGAUUUGGCGGAGAACGAGAGAUUCGUGUUGAGUUUGGCAUUGGUAUGA